ACAAAAUUUUAAUAGAACAAAUAGUCCUGCUUUCCAGAAGAAGAUGCAAUUUGGGAAUGAAAACACAAAACUUGAACUGAGGAGAAUUCCCCCAGAGCUUAAUAAUAUCAGCAAACUAAAUGAACACUUCUGCAAAUUUGGAAAUUUAGUGAAUUUGCAGGUUGCCUACCAGGGAGAUCCAGAAGGUGCCCUCAUCCAGUUUGCUACCCACGAGGAAGCUAAAAAAGCAAUAUCGAGUACAGAAGCAGUCUUAAAUAAUCGAUUUAUCAAAGUCUAUUGGCAUAGAGAAGGCAGUACUCCCCCAAUUACAACUUCAGUUCCGAAGGUAAUACAGCCUUUAGUCCAGCAGCCUAUUUUGCCAGUUGUCAAGCAGUCAGUCAAGGAACGAUUAGGCCCGGUGCCUAUCAGUAACAUUGAACCUGCUGAAGCACAGAGUGCCAGUGCGGAAAUUGUUCAGAAUGUAACCAAACUUUCUGUAAAGGAUAGACUUGGGUUUGUGCCUAAACCAUCUAUUCCAACUACAGAAAAGGUGUUGUCAACUUCUACUGGCUUGACAAAAACAGUAUAUAAUCCAGCUGCUUUGAAGGCAGCUCAGAAAACUUUGCCUGUUGUUAACACUGCCCUGUUAGAUUCCAAUGAAGCACAGAAGAAAAAACAGAUGCUGAUUUCAAAACUGGAGAAAAAUAAAAAUAUGAAGUUAGAAGACAAAGCUGAAAUCAUGAAAACUCUGGAGACAUUAACCAACAGUAUCACCAAGUUAAAGGAUGAAUUAAAAGGAGUUUCCUCAACAAGCACUCUGGUAAAAAGCAUGAAAACAAGGACACAGAUGCAGAAAGAACUAUUGGAUACAGAGUUGGACUUAUAUAAGAAAAUGCAGGCUGGAGAAGAAGUUACUGAAUUAAGGAGAAAGUAUACAGAACUGCAGCUUGAAGCAGCAAAACGAGGCAUUCUUUCCUCUGGCCGCGGGAGAGGAAUGCACGCACGAGGUCGAGGGGUAUCUCGUGGGAGAGGUAGGGGAGGUCGAGGCCGGGGUCGAGGAAGAAGUCUUUCUGUUCACGCUGUGGUGGAUCAUCGUCCUCGAGCCCUUGAAAUCUCAGCUUUUACGGAGAAUGACAGGGAAGAUCUCCUUCCUCAUUUUGCGCAAUAUGGUGAAAUUGAAGACUGCCAGAUAGAUGAUUCUUCUCUCCAUGCAGUGAUUACAUUCAAAACAAGAGCAGAAGCAGAAGCAGCCGCUAUCCACGGAUCUCGAUUUAAAGGGCAAGACCUGAAGUUAGCAUGGAACAAGCCAGUAACAAAUAUGUCAACCGUGGAAACUGAAGAGACCGAGCCAGAUGACGAGGAAUUUCAGGAAGAAUCCUUGGUAGAUGACUCAUUGCUUCAAGAUGAUGAUGAAGAGGAUGAUGACAAUGAAUCUCGUUCAUGGAGAAGAUGAUUCAACUGAUCAGAGACAGCGCUAGAGAUUUAGCUACAUUGCAUUAACAUUUCCUAAAGAACUUUUGAAUAUUUGUACUGCAAGACAAUUGGAUGGAAAGAGAGAUGGAUUUCAGAUGAGAAACAAGCGGCUGAUUGAUCCUGUAUUUUGAGUGAUUGAUGUUCAGGUUGCAUUUACAUUUCGGUAAAUGAUUGCUACAGACAUCGUAUUAGGAACAUAUGCAAUGUUUUUAUUCUAUGGAAACAUUACAGAAUUCUUUGGAUUCUUUGUAAUUUAAAAACAAUUGGUCACACAUCAAAAUGACCAAACGUUGCUAUAACAUAGAAUAUUCUUUGUUUGUUUGUUUUAUUCCAAGUAUGGAAUGAAAAUUUGCAUUUAAGAUCUUUGUGAAUGUUUUCGGAAAUAAUAGAUAACAGUACUAAACUGAAGUCUCUAAAGUUAUGUAUUCAUAAUAUUGCAUAGUAGUAUGCUUAGGCUUUACUAUGUACUAGCCUUUUGUUGGAUUUGUGAACGUAUUUUACGUAUGAGUUUUAACGAUACAGUGUAUGAUUGCUUUGCAUAUAUCUCUUUAUCACCUUAAGAUGUUAAAAAAAUAAAGAAAUGGAAUGGUCUUGGGGAAAAAAAAGAAAAAAAAGCAAUAAUAAUGAAAUUAUACCCACAGCCCAUGAUAAUGGCAAAAAAAAUAAUAAUUAAAAAGAUUUUUAAAAAAUUCCAAGAGACCAUUCCAAGUGGCAAUCCCAACCCCCCAA